UGCAUUGCGUCGGACCUGACCAUUCCCAAUGUGAAAUUCCCGGGGAAGGUCGCGCCGUGCUGGGGAUCCUGCGUGCACCGGGCUGCGUGCGGGCCGCAAGGGUAGUAGAGUUGGUGGUCGGCUUUUCUGGCAGGAGAGGAAAAAGCUGUGCCGGCAGGGGUGGGGACUGAAUGACAACCCCCCUCUGCCGAGCCACCCCCUCCUAUUUUCCAUCUACCUCCUCGAUCCUGCCCUCCCCCGCCCUCCCCAACCCACGCCCGGGUGGGCCAAUCGCUGCUCUGCAUCCCAGGCGCUUUCUCAGGUUUCUGCUGAUCUUGCAGCGCCCAGAAAUGGAGCGCGCGGACCCGCCGCCGCCGCACGCGCCCUGCUGCACUCGCUGCUUCUGAAGGCUCCGGUGCGCCAAGCGGCCGCGGCCGGGGCCGCGCUGGGGUGCGGCGAGCAGAGGGCCCGGGAGAGCCAUGUAGAGCCAGGAUCGCACCCGCCCGCCUCCAUCGGGAUCGAGUCGCGAGCUCCCACGGUGUUCGGAAGGGGCGAGAGUGCUGUCAAUCGUCAUUUGCUUCGGAGCUUCGGGAGAGGGAGGCGUUUUUUGCUUUUCCGCCCCGCAUCCUCUGGAACUCCCUGCACGCGAGGCAGGACACAGUCUCCAGGUUGGAAAUGGGGGUAGGGAAAAGACAUUUCCGCCUCAGAGGCUCAGAAGAGCAACUGUCCGACUGAGAGAGGGGCAGCACGCGCGGACGCGGAGGGCUGCGAGGGCCCGCGCCUCGGAUGCCGCGGCGUCAGCCAGCGCUCGCCCGGACUGCAAAGGCGACCUGCCGCAUUCCGCCGGGGCUCACCGCCGACCCUGCACCGCCUUGCGCCAAGCCGCCUGCCAGCGUCCAUCGAUCGAUCGCCCUGGUGGGAGCUUAAAGGCGGCAGGCGAAGAGGGGUAGGAGGGGGGAGAGCCGAGGAGCAGCGCAGGGGGUGGCGGGCAUGGGGAUCUGCUGAGCUGGCACCGCACCCAGUCCUAGGGGCUGUGGAGGGGAGGGGAGGCAGGGCGAGCCCAGAAGCCAUGGCCGGGGCCGCUAGAACGACACUGCGUUAAGCACCUCGAGCAGGAGCAGGAAGAAAUACCAAACACAGCGCUCAAAGCAGAUACAGAGCUCCCCGCCCCCCAAAGCCAACCCUUGCAAAGAAAGAAAAAAAAGCUGCACCCGGGCCCGCAGGAGGAGGGGACCCCAAACCGAGAGAAAGGCAGGGGGGAGGGAAGGUAGUGCCCAGCCCUAGUGCCUUUCUCCGGACCUGUUUUCUUUGAAGUCCCUCCCCAGAGCCUGGGGAACACUCACUGUCUGGAGGGGGCACCCCGGUACCCCCCUACCCCGCGCCCAUCGCCGUUUCGGAGCGUGCUGGGCUCUCUCUUGGCAUCCUGCCCCUGCGUCCCUCUUCCACCAUGACGGUGAUGUCGGGGGACAACGUGGACGAGGCCUCUGCCGCCCCGGGCCACCCCCAGGAGGGCAGCUACCCCCGGCAGGUGGACCACGACGACCACGAGUGCUGCGAGCGCGUGGUGAUCAACAUCUCUGGGCUGCGCUUCGAGACGCAGCUCAAGACCCUGGCACAGUUCCCCAACACGCUGCUGGGUAACCCCAAGAAGCGCAUGCGCUACUUCGACCCGCUCCGCAACGAGUACUUCUUUGACCGGAACCGGCCCAGCUUCGACGCCAUCCUCUACUACUACCAGUCCGGGGGCCGCCUGCGCAGGCCGGUCAAUGUGCCCCUGGACAUGUUCUCUGAGGAGAUCAAAUUCUACGAGUUGGGCGAGGAGGCCAUGGAGAAGUUCCGUGAGGAUGAGGGCUUCAUCAAGGAGGAAGAGCGCCCCCUGCCGGAGAAGGAGUACCAGCGCCAGGUGUGGCUGCUCUUUGAGUACCCGGAGAGCUCUGGGCCCGCGCGGGUCAUAGCCAUCGUCUCGGUCAUGGUCAUCCUCAUAUCCAUCGUCAUCUUCUGCCUGGAGACGCUGCCCGAGCUGAAGGAUGAGAAGGACUUCUCAGGCACCAUCCAUCGCAUCGAUAACACCACAGUGGUCUACAGCUCCAACAUCUUCACAGACCCCUUCUUCAUCGUGGAAACCUUGUGCAUCAUCUGGUUCUCCUUCGAGCUGGUGGUGCGCUUCUUCGCCUGCCCCAGCAAGACGGACUUCUUUAAGAACAUCAUGAACUUCAUUGACAUCGUGGCCAUCAUCCCUUAUUUUAUUACCCUGGGCACGGAGAUAGCUGAGCAGGAGGGAAACCAGAAGGGCGAGCAGGCCACUUCACUGGCCAUCCUCAGGGUCAUCCGGCUGGUAAGGGUGUUUAGGAUCUUCAAACUCUCCCGCCACUCUAAGGGCCUCCAGAUCCUGGGCCAGACCCUCAAAGCUAGUAUGAGAGAGUUAGGGCUGCUCAUCUUUUUCCUCUUCAUCGGGGUCAUACUGUUUUCUAGUGCAGUGUACUUUGCCGAGGCGGAAGAAGCUGAGUCGCACUUCUCCAGUAUCCCCGAUGCUUUCUGGUGGGCGGUGGUGUCAAUGACCACUGUAGGAUACGGUGACAUGUACCCUGUGACAAUUGGAGGCAAGAUCGUGGGCUCCUUGUGUGCCAUCGCUGGUGUGCUGACAAUUGCCCUGCCCGUACCUGUCAUUGUGUCCAAUUUCAACUAUUUCUACCACCGAGAAACUGAGGGGGAAGAGCAGGCUCAGUUGCUCCACGUUAGCUCUCCUAACUUAGCCUCUGACAGUGACCUCAGCCGCCGCAGCUCCUCCACUAUCAGCAAGUCUGAGUACAUGGAGAUCGAAGAGGAUAUGAAUAAUAGCAUAGCCCAUUAUAGACAGGCCAAUAUCAGAACUGGCAAUUGCACCACAGCUAAUCAAAACUGCGUUAAUAAGAGCAAGCUAUUGACCGAUGUUUAGGAAAAGCAAGUAAGCAGGCGAAAAAGCCCCACUCGAAAGACUGAAACACCCCAGUGACUCAGGUCACACUUUGUAGAUACUUUACUAAGUAGUCUUUGAAUGCUUUACUUGACUGUCAAUGCAUUGUUGCAUUGUGAAUUUUGGGAGUGGCGAACCAGAAAUUUUCAAGAUCCAUACAAAAAAAAAAGGGAAACUAUUUUCAUUUUGUUAAAAAAAUGGGAAAGGAAAGAGUAUUUUCUAAAACCAGCUUUAAAAAUGCAGUCCAUCAACUAGUCCAGGUAAAAUAAGAUUCGUAUGUUUCCCCUUAUUGAAUCAUUUCUAAUCCUUUGGCUUCUUUAAAAAUUUUUUUAAAAAAACUAAAACCCAGAUGAUCAGUUAGAAAUAUAAAAUUAAAAUUUGCACGAAAAUCCAACUUAAGAUCUUUGCAAAUCCCACAGCACAGUAAAGGCAGUGCUUCUGACCUAGUCUAUGUAAUAUGAUAUACCAGCUACAAUGGGCAAUGAAUACAUGGUUUUAUUUUGAUCAGCUGAAUGGCAUAUUGAAAGGUAAACAAAACCAGAAUCACUUCAGACUGGUUCACAAAGCACCUUAUCAAUCUGAUACUGGUCCUGAUCUAUGAGGAUUUUCCCUCUGCCCCCUUCUCAGACUUCUAAUCCAGACUCUAACAGAAGGAUAACUGAGUUAAUGUAAUUGAUUCAUCUGCAGUGCUGCUAAGAUUUCUCAACUGCAGGGGAUCCAAAAACAGGUCUUUCCUCAUCAGUCCUGCCCCCUGCCCCCUGGUCUUCAGAACUGGAUAUCAAAUCUUAGUCUCCUUAUUGCAAGAGAGCACAAACGGAGUUACAUGUAAGCAUGCUUGAAUCUGGUAGCAUUUAUUUUAUAAUCGCAUGCAGAACGUUAACCCAGACAAUAGGGAAUAAGUUUACGUUGAAAUCGACUCUUCUAAAACUAGAUCCUUUUUCAUUUGCAUUCACCAAAAGUGCACUCCUUCAUUUAUUAACUCUUUUAGUAAAUAAAGGAUUGUAUUUAAGUGCAUAUGUUAGUCAGAGGGGAACAAUAACUUUUUGGCGCUCACAGCAUGUUCUCUUAUUCAGCAUUAUGACCUAUUUGAUGAAGAUGUACCUUGAAUUAAUUAAUGCAUGAUUUCAGUAAUAAAAAUUUAAAAAAUAAUAAAAGUUUACAAGUCCAUGGGAUGAAAGACCCAAAAGAAUAAUGGGGGUGGGGGUGGGGGACUCAGUCAAUUUUCCUGCGGUUGAUCAGGGAAGCGUCAGGUUUCUGUGCAGGCUGGAGCAGAGAGAGGACCAAUAUGCCCAUACUUUAAAUGGGAACAAUGUUGAAACUUAAUAAGUCAUCAAGGUAUAUAUAGUAACACCUAAGAACAAGUAUUCUUUCUAGCUGAAGAUAAACCAAGCAAAACAACACACAAAAAAGGUGCAAUAUUGCAUGUUCUUGGUGCAUUCUUAGGAUGUAAAUGAUGUUUAUCUCUUGUAUGCAUCCAAAGCAGAGCUGAUUUCUUUUUGCAGUCAUGAUUUGAAGUCGUUAAGACUUUGACCCUCCCCUUGAAGCUCCCUGAAGAAACUCAACCAAUUGAUUUAAUAGUUGCUUAGUGCCUUUAUCCUGUACCUACAGUGAACUGCAGAAAGUGCCUCCAUAACACAGCUGAGAAGUUAUGUAACAAGAGGGAAGGAAGGGUUGGGGCACACACAUUUUUCUUUUUCUUUUGUUUUGUUUUUCCAUUCUCACUCUCACUUCACCACUGUGAGAAGCCCACUCCACCCUAAAUCCUGGAGAGGAGAGAUCCAGGAGGGUGCUGUCUCUCUGGCCAUCUACUGGACUUGGUCCCUUGGGCAGCCUGACUCGGAACGUGACCUGAGACCCAUCUUUGAACUGGACCUGGACUGUGAACUCAUUUUUUCUCUUCUCCACUGGAAACCAAGAUAAACUUUUGGGAAUUUGCAUCCUAUGGAGGGCCACUCUGGACAUGCAAAGCUUCGUCAGGUCCAAUGUGUGCUCCUGGUACAUUUCCUAUUUCUUUCUCUAUUUGAUAUAGUACUUUGCAAAUCACUGAGGGUCUGAUCUCUUCAGGCAUUGUAGUGGAUUUGGGGGCACUCAGCGCGCAAUGACCUUUCCUAGGCCUGCCCUCCUGGCCUACCCAAUCUAGGUUUCCUCAGUGCGCCCAUGACCAUCCCACCCAGUUCAACUGAGCAUCUAACUUCUGCUACCCCAGGAGCCGGUAGAGAACGAUGGGGACCCUGUGCCAGCAGAAAAAGCCAGCAGCUGUCCACCAGUGCAGAGGCACUCAUACCCUUUUUAAGGACAACGAAGUGGGAAGUCUUCGUUCUACACUCAGCAUGUAGUUACCUGCUGCGGACCACCUUACAUUCCUGCCCUGCUUCUUCUGGAAUUUUCCCUAUUCCAUCCCUUUCCCCCAUUUUACCCUCAAACUAGCAGUCAGGCAGUCAACCAGGCAAUCAACACCACGUCAGGCUUGCUGACUCGAUUAAAGGAAAGAACAUGGAUACUUAUUUCCCUGUGCAACUUUUGUGAAUCUGAAAGGUGAACACAGCACACUUCCCGGAAGAUGAGGGGCCAACAACUGUAUAGCCUCUGACUCCAGGGCAUUCACUCCUCCUAUGUGAUGUUCCUCUGAACUCCUCCUGGAUGUCCAUCUCCUACUUGCUUCACAGUCCUCCCAGAUUGGAGGAAAAUGCCAAACCCUCUCCCAAAUUCCAGGGCUGUCUUGAUCUUUUCUUUUGACUUUGAGGUCUAGGACACCACAGAACUUAAAACGCUGCACUCUGUCAACAGCAAUAAUCCUCUCAGUACUGUGGCAUGGACGCGUUAGAGGAUGAGAGAACAGGACUGAGCCUAUAAGAUUGACUGUGGCUGCUCAGUGUACUCAUCGUCACUCUGGACUGGCUGAUUCUUCUGCAUGCAUUACAUGAAUAAGUGCUGCAUGCAGUGAAGCUGUCCGCCUGGGGUUGGGGAUGAGCUCUUUUUAUGAAAUUGAGGUGUUCUGGGGGGAAAGAAUGCUGCUUAUCCAUCUGUAGCUCAUUGCAAUGAAUUUAGUGAGAAUGGAGUACAGGGAUUAUCUGUGUAGCAUAGGCAUGCAACAUCCGACCAAGCUCUUACCCCUUGCACUGUAAUGUGCUGAAAUGUCUUUGUAGGCCUGAAGGUGCACUUAACAAAACUACCUACUAAGGAAUGACUAUCAUUUGGUUUACUUAUCUCAUGUUUAUUUUCUCAGGCUCUUUGCCUUUCUAUCCCCUUAGGUACUGAGCUUUGAUGGCUCAUGGCCCUGAUUAUUCGUUUUUUUCAGAAGAAGACUUCUGAUGUGCUGAUAGCCAUAGCUCAGCCCUUCCAGCUAGGGGCCCUAGUUCAAUAGGGUGGCACUGGAGGGUUGGGCCACACCAGGGCUGUUAGUCAUCCCAGAAUCUCUGAUGUGAUUAACUUGCCUCAAGUGAUCUGAACCAGAGAGACCAAAGACAUUCAUUUUCUCUGUCCUCAGAUUUCUAGGUAUCAGAUCUUAGCCAGGAAAGGUUUCUUUUUUUGCAUCAUUCCCCUUACCCAUCUGUGCACACCUCCCUCCCUUGAGACUUGAUGACCAGUUAAGUUCAUCUAUUGGGUAUAUGUUAGUCGGUUAGCCCAGCAAAAUCUGAUCAAUGAAUGAAUAGCAAGCUUUUCUCCCACAUUCUGUCCAGUGGACAUCGUUUCUGUAACACAAAAUUGCACGGUGCGUUUAGAUUCUGCAAUGGUGGAGCUGAAGUACAAGGGAUAUCAUAAUCUUGAUUCACUUGAGCAUAAGACCAAAAAAUACACAUAAAUGGUAAAUGAGGUAUAUAUUUCCUAAUGGAGAUUUGGUUUAGUCCAUAAAGGGCCUUCUUCGUGUUGCGUCUGUUACAAUUUUUUCACAUUAGUUAGUAUCUGAACGAAUCAGUAAAAUACAGUUCCUAACCCUCCCAUUUGUCAUAGGAGACCUCAAAACCCAUGCUUUUUAACUAUCUUAAAUUUUAGUUCUUUGUUUGGUGGAUUGGACUGAGCAGACAGGAGAGAGAACAUUAGCAGAAGGCAAUUACCCAUUUUCUUCCAGGAACAACUUAUUUCUGGGAGUGGUGAGAAUUGGUGGGUGGCAACCAUCCAUAGAAUAAAAUUCUUAGAAAGGCUAUAAACUUCCAAACAACUACUUUAUCUUCCAGUUUGUUUUCCAAGCAAAGGUGAAGUCCUUUGACGUUUAUGUUAAGAAGACAAACAAAAUUUUAAGACCAGACCCCUCCCCCCCAAAAAAAACAAAAAACAACAAACCCAAGUUACGUUGUGAUCUCAGGAAGUGACCUUUCAUCUACCAUGCAGUACAUUAGCACUUGUUAUUUAUAACGGGGAAUUUCAGGGUAUAUGUGAACAUGUCUGGUAUGACUCAGGUAACUCUUAAAAGAAUGUACAUUACUUACCACUUCUGUAACGAAGUGAACAGGAACUGAAUUGUUAACCAAAACUGUUCCAUUACCUUGGCCCACUGUGCAGACUUCUUCAGACUUCUUCAGGGUGUAGAUGUAAGGUGAGAAGCCUGAAGAUCAAAUGCUAGUCUCUUUGCUCAGACGAAAUGACCGUGGGCUCUCUGGAGGAAGCCCAGGGUGUAUGUGAAGGGUAAGACCUUCCUGACCUCAGGGCUGUGAGCUUUAGGGAGCCUUAGGGGCCCAAGUCACAGUGAUUUUCAUUUAUGAUAUGGAACUUCACAGCAUCUAGAAAAAUUUUGUCCUACAAUCAGAGAAGAACAAGGAAUGGUGUAAGGAAACAAAACAAAACAAAACAGAAACUUCUUGCAGAAUACUCCAGGUCAAAAGUUGUCUCCUCUCCAAAAGUUGCAGAUGCCCUUGCUCCUGCUCAGUGCGCUGUUUGGGGACCACAUGUGCAGUGGCUGUAAGCAGACUGCCAUAAAAUGGUUUUUUUAUGACAUACCUCUGGUAUUACAAGUUACAGAGGUUAGGAAUGAAAGCUGAGUAGUACUGACCUGAAGUGCACCAUCAGGACAACAAACCAUUUAAGCUGAAAAGGCUUUCUUUUACAUUUUGAGUUUGUCAGUCACCUCCCCCUUGAGUUGAAGAUGUGUCUCAUUUGCUCCCCACCCACCCCGCAGUCCCCUCACCCUAACUGUUCACCACGUCAGGUAGAGGACAUUGAAUGUUAUGAAUUGAGAACCUAAUUGAUGCGCAUAGUUUUCAUCUAUGCAAUUUUACUUGCUUCUGUCACUUUAUGAUCUGUUCAUACUUGGCAUCAAUUAAAGAUAAUUUUUAAGGAUCUUA